GACUGAGCUGCCACAAUGGAAGUAUGAGUAGUCGAUCUCCACAGGGAGAAAAUGGCACCUGCUGCCAGAGACUUUUCUAGCCGGCAUGAACCUCUCCCAUCUCAAAGACCUGACAACACUGCCUUCACUCAGCAGAGACUUCCUGCCUGGCAGCCACUCUUGUCUGCGAGUAUUAUCUUGCCGCUGUUCUUCCUUGCAGGGUUAUCUUUUAUAGGAAUUGGCAUUGGAUUAUAUUAUUCAUCCAACACCAUCACAGAGUCUGAGCAUGACUAUACUGGUACAAGCACAGAUCAUAAUUGUUACCUAUGUGCUAUUAGUGGCUUAAAAAGUUGCAGCUGCAAUAUCACUUUCAACUUGACAUCUUUAUUUGCGGGUCCAGUCUUUAUGUACUAUGAACUAACAAAUUACUAUCAGAAUCAUUAUCGCUAUAUGAUCUCUAGAGACGAUAAGCAGUUAAGUGGAUUCCUUAAUAAUCUAAAGAAUCCUGUAAAUGAAUGUGCACCAUAUAGAGUGGAUUCUAAGCAAACGCCGAUUGCUCCCUGUGGUGCUAUUGCGAACAGCAUGUUUAAUGAUUCUUUUACCUUGCAUUACUACAACCGCAGUGGAACUUAUGAGGAAGUUCCAUUAACUGGUAAAGGGAUUGCAUGGUGGACAGAUUACAACAUUAAAUUCCGGAAUCCAACUGAUGGCACUCAAAACCUCUCUAAGAUCUUUGAAGGAACAGCAAAGCCUAUCAAUUGGGAAACACCAGUGUACAACCUGUCAAAUUUCUCGUAUAAUACGGGCUUCCUAAAUGAAGACUUUAUAGUGUGGAUGAGAACGGCAGCAUUGCCUACUUUUCGGAAGUUAUACCGCAGAAUUGAGACUGGAAACUUUACAAAUGGCCUACCUGCAGGAGAGUACCAACUUAGGAUAACGUACAAUUAUCCAGUAAUAAGUUUCGGAGGCCGAAAAAAAAUUGUCUUCAGCACCGUGUCUUGGAUGGGAGGGAAGAACCCCUUUCUGGGCAUAGUUUACCUUGUAUUUGGUUGCCUAUGUACAUUCUUUGCAAUUGUAAUGCUUAUUGUAUUCAUAAAGUAUCAGGGGAGGAGUGAUGAUGAUGAUAUCUAGCACAACAUAACCUCAAACACUGAUAGUUACCAGCGAAUUCAGAUUUAUCUAAUG